CCGUAAAGGUUGGGUGCGUGGUAUAUUUUGCAGGUGACGCAGCGAGCGGUGACGAAACUGGAAUCGGGUCGUCCUGUUCAGCCCACCUCCUGUGACUCCCAUUCGAAGCAAAACCGCAAUUUCCAAAAAUUCAACAAAUCGAAACCUCCGAUUCCCUUUUCCUCUCAUUGGCGCAUGAACUCCAUCUCGAUUCGCUCCCGACCGCCAUGCCGACGUCAGCCUCACCGACGCCGCAUCAUUACAGCCGCACCGAGGACCUGAUCGGACGGCUGAGCUCCACCAGCCCCGAGAUUCAGCUCAAGGCGCUCCGGGAGGUUAAGAACCAGAUAAUCGGGAAUCGAACUAAGAAGCUCUCGUUCCUCAAGCUCGGUGCCGUCCCCGCCGUAGUUUCGGUUCUUUCCUCGGUCGCGUCCGCUCAGGUCGGCGGAGAAAUCCACGAUUCGCUCGUAAUUCAGUCCGCUGCUGCGAUUGGGAGCUUUUCCUGCGGUUUUGAUGCGGGAGUUAAGGCGGUUCUCGAGGCCGGAGCUUUUCCCCUCCUUCUCCGCCUAAUUUAUCAUUCCAACGACAAGGUUGUGGAUGCUGGUGCACGGUCACUCAAGUUGAUUUAUCAGUCAAGACUGGCUCCAAAAUAUGAUUUUAUUCAAGUGGAAAAUGUAGAAUUUAUCCUUUUUCUAUUGAGCAGUGAGAAUGAAAAUGUUUCUGGACUUGGUGCAAGUAUAAUCUCCCAUUCUUGCAAGACAUGUGGAGAACAGAAGGCAUUGAGUGAUGCUGGAGUUACAAAGAAACUUAUUAGUCUUCUUAGAGGCUCUCUUGUUCAGAGGGAUGCUAGUCUAGAAGCCCUGGCCACAAUUGUGAAAGGAAACCCCGAAGUCAUUUUGAAAUUUAUGGAACCUGAAAGUGGAAGAGCUUUGAGUACAGUUAUUGAGUUAACCAAGGAUAAAAAUUCUCGAACAAAACUGCUUGCCUGCACAUGUUUGAUUUCAAUAAGAAACACUUCUCAUUCUUAUCUUCAGGAUGUACAAAUCAAAAGAAAAUUGAUAUUAAUAUUACUGGAACUUCUUGAGGAUUCUGGUCAAGUUGGGGAUGAAGCUCCUUUUGUUUUAUCUAGUUUACUUUCAGAAAAUGAGGAACUACAAAGAUUAGCAUUUGAAGCAAAUGCUAUUAAUAGACUUUGCAAACACCUGGAAAAGGGCUCACUACAACCAAGGAGAUCACAGGGAAUAUUGCAUGCAUUAGCUGAUCUCUGUUCAAGGCUGGAAUGCUGUAAGGAUCGGCUCCUAUCAUUAGAGGCUUUGAAGCUUGUGACUGAUGCCCUUAGCUCCAAGAGUCCCGAAGUUCGUGUUGCAGCUUGCAUUUGUCUGAAAAAUGUAUCUCGUUCAGUCAAGAACCUGAGUGCAGGUUGUUUCAUGAAAGAAACUGUAAUAGUCCCCUUGGUUGAGCUUUUAUUUGACGACUCUGACAUUGUACAGGUUGCCGCCCUUGGUGCCAUUAGCAAUGUAGUGGUUGACUUUGCGGCAAAUAAGUCAAUGUUCAUGCAAUGUGGAGGUGUGAAACAGCUUGUUCAACUUUCAAGGUCAAUGGAUUCAACUAUUAGGGUAAAAGCAGUGUGUGCUUUGAGGAAUCUGAUAUUCCUUGUAAACAACAGGUGCAAGGAAGAGAUCCUAUUGGAACUCACACAACCAAUGUUAAGAUGUCUUAUUUGUGAUUCUGAAGCCAGUGUUCAAGAGCAAGCUUUGGCUCUUGUUCGCAAUCUUGUUGAUGGACCUAUAGAUUGCAUCGAUUAUGUCUUUGUUGAGGAUGCUCUUCUGCUACAUGCUGUAGGGAGACAACUGCAAAGUGCUUUAAAAACUGAAGUUUUAAUUCAGGGUAUGUAUGUCCUUGGCAAUGUAGCAUCUGGAAAUGAAUUCCACAAGGAAGCAGUUAUGCACCAGCUUUUCCCACCUUCGUCUAAUGACACCCACUCAGUGGUCUUUAAGUUCUUGCAGAGUCAUGACAGCCAAUUACGCACUGCUGCUGUUUGGGCUUUAGUAAAUCUAACUUUUCCAAGCGGUCCUGGAGCAUUUCAUCGGGCUGUGAAACUACGAAAUUCAGGAGUUCUUUCCCAACUGAAGAACAUGGUCAAUGAUCCCUGCUUGGAUGUGAAGCUUAGAGCAAGAACAGCUCUUGGGCAAUCAGUGACUUCUGGUGAUGGCUCAGCAUGAAUAUUAUGUUUAUAUAUGCUUAAUCGAAUGGCUAGCACAACAGUCCCAGUGGAGCAUGAUCGUUUGGGCUUCAACUUGUUUUAAAGUGCCAUUUCUUUACCUGGACCUUUAAGAUCAUGGCUUAAGCAUUUACUACAAUAUCUUUCUGUUCGAAGCUUCACGGGGGAGCAUGCUUAUGUUGUGUGUGAUGUUUGCUGAGCAGGUCAUCUUCAAGAGUUUUGUUUCCAUGACCUCUCCGACGGUUAGCGAUUGUUGAGAACUAUUGUUAUUUCUAUGUAUGUAUAAUGUUUGCAACAGGUGUAGUUUACCCCUUCCCCGUCAUGACAACAUGCUUCUCUCUAUGUUUUGGUUUUACAUAUUUCCGAUUUUACCCCUGCUGAGUGAGUCCCUCAUGGGGUAUGGGUGGGGAAUCCUUAUUCCUCACCCCACAAGGUACAAUGUAUGUAAGUUUUGUAUCUCGGAAUAAUCUUAAAAGCUCAAAUCUUGAUCUCCUCCUGUGGUUUCCUUUUGCUGAAGUCUUGUAAAAGUGUACAUUGCCUUCUAU